GAAACAGAGAGCUGCGCUAGCAUCGUUAGCAUCGUUAGCUUCCCUUUUGUUUGACAGAAAGGCCUUCAUCAUCCUGGAGGAAGAGGAGGCUGAGGCCGGCGGGAGACCAGAGACCAGCUCCGACCCGGCAGACGUCCACAUCAUGUCUGUGGAGACACCAGAGGUUCCUGCAGACACGGAGAGGACCUCUAGUCCGGACCGGGACAAACAAAAACCUCUGCAGAUGGAAGAAGAACAGGAGGAAGCAGAAGUUCUAGAGAUCAAAGAGGAGGAGGAAGRUGAKGAKGAGGAGGAGUCAGGAGAUGUGCAGGUUAAAGAGGAGGAGCUGGACAGCAGUCAGGACAGAGAGCUGCUGGAGCCGAAGCAGGAGGCCGACACCGUCAUGGUGACCGUGGACUUUGAGGAAAGUGAUGAGAGUGAACCAGAAGAGAACAACGACCUGCUGGACUCUGAGUACCGCCCUGAAGAUCAGGAAGGAAGCAGAGCUAAACGCUCCCGGUCCACCAGGAACCAGAAGACAAAAACUCCCACAGAUAAGACACUAUACUCCUGUGAAUUCUGUGGGAAAACCUUUACUCGGAACAGUAACUUAACUUUUCACAUGAAGACUCAUACAGGUGAGAGCACCUACACCUGUGAAAUGUGUGGGAAAAGUUUCACACGAAACUGCAACUUAACCAAUCACAUGAGGUUUCACGCAGGAGAGAAUCCGUACGCUUGUGAAGUGUGUGGGAAAUCUUUGAGUGACAAUGCUAGUUUGACUUCUCACAUGAGAACUCACACUGGUGAGAAACCCUUCCUGUGUAUCACCUGUGGGAAGAGUUUUGGUGCAAGAGGUAGCCUAAUUUCUCACAUGAGAACUCACACAGGUGAGAAACCUUUCCCAUGUCAGACCUGUGGGAAAAGCUUUAUUGUCAAAAGUCAUUUGAUUACUCACAUGAGAAUUCACACAGGAGAGAAACCCUACUCCUGUCAGAUUUGCGAAAAAGGGUUUGGAUCAAGAAGUAACUUGAUGACUCACAUGAGAACUCACUCAGGUGAGAAACCCUUCCCAUGUCUGAGCUGUGGGAAACGUUUCACUGUAAGAAGCCAUUUAAUUACUCACAUGAGAACCCACACAGGGGAGAAACCCUUCCCAUGUCUUACCUGUGGGAGAAGUUUUAGUCUGAAAAGUCAGAUGACUCUCCACUCCAGAAUUCACUCUGGUGAGAAACCUUUCCCAUGUGAGACAUGUGGGAAAAGUUUCCGAGUAAAAACCAGCUUGAAUAUUCACAUGAAGACUCACACGGAUGAGAAGCUGUUCACAUGUGAGGUGUGUUUUAAAAGCUUCAGUCACAGCGGGCGCCUGACUGCUCACAUGAGAACUCACUCUGAUGAGAAGCCUUUCCCAUGUCUGACCUGCGGGAAAAGUUUCAGGGAGAAGACGUAUUUGAAUACACACAUGAGAUCACACACAGACGAUCAGACCUUCCUGUGUGUGAUCUGUGGCAACAGCUUCAGCCGAAAAUGUAAUCUGGACCGACACAUGAGAACACACACAGGUGAGAAACCAUACCCCUGUAAAAUAUGUGGCAAAKCUUUCAAUCAUCACGGAAGUUUGACCGUUCACAUGAGAAGUCACACGGGUGAGAAGCCCUACCCUUGUGUUACCUGUGGGAAAAACUUUAGUGUGAAAAGUUACCUGAUCAUCCACAUGAGGUCUCAUACAGGGGAGAAACCCUUCUCAUGUCUGACGUGUAAAAAACGCUUCAUUCUAAGAAGUCAUCUGACUCGUCACAUGAGAACGCACACAGGUGAGAAACCCUUUUCUUGUGCCACCUGUGGGAAAAGUUUCAGUGUGAGAAGUCGUCUGGCCGUUCAUGUGAAAAGCCACGCAGAUGAGAAGCUCGUUUUGACCGACUCUCAGUAAAAAUCGGACACACUAAACGAGAACUGAAGGAGAUUCUCCUUUAAAAACAAAGUUGUCAAAAUACACAAUUUUUCUUUAGUUUUUUUAAAAUACUUUUUAAAACACUAGAUGUUUGUUUGGAGGUUCAUGUAAUUCACACUCAUCAGGGUUUUGUARAAAGAGCAAAUAUUUCUCGUUUUUCAUCUAAACUCAGUCGUUAGUUAAUGUCUGGUUAAUUAUUAACCAGUUAAUCUUUGUUUGCAGAUGAUCUCAGUUUUAACUCGAGUUUCUCUCCUGUCGACUCGUCUUCAAAGUUUUUAUUUUCAGAAGAAUUUAGAGCGUUCCCUGUGGACCUGCUCUGAUUAUUUUACUGACAGGCUCUGAKUGUCCUCAUCAGGGGGCAAACAUGACUCUGAUGUCACUUAUUUAUUACAAAUGAUGAUGAAAUGAAACCUUUUACAGGUUAUUUGUAACAUAGAUGAUACUUUAUAUAAAAAACUUCAAAUUAAAACAUUAAAAAUUGUGUGUUUUGACAGAUUUUUGUUGUAGUUUGAUUAAUACAAAAAAUCCAAACAUUUAUUUUCAGAAGAAAUUAAUUCUGUAUGAAAACGAGUGAUUUGGGAAAAGAUUAGAGGAACUGAAACGUUCAGAUUUACCACGGUUAGACAACUGUGUGGUCUUUAUAAUCUCACGCUCACGAGAUUUAACUGUUAACUUCACGACAAACUGAACUAAUCCUGCUGCUAAAACAACUCCUCGUCUUCACAGGUAGAUGAACAGAAAGAAACAAGAAGAAAAUGARCAGUUUUACUGAAGUUUGACUGAAAUGAAAUAAAAACUUGUUGACAUCAACAAGAAUGAGUGACGUCUGUAAAACUGUAGAAACUAAACGGCUGCAGAGCUCUGCUCAAACAAUUAUCAGAUGUUUUCAGUGUUUUUAAACUGGUUCUUCAGAUGGUUUGAGCAGCUCCUCCUGAAAAGAUUUUAGGUUUUUGUCCCAACUGAGGUUCUGGUUCUGAAAUAACGGGUCUUUUAUUUUGUAAAGUUCACGUCAGACGGUUUAUUUUCAGACCUGUUGCUUGUGGACUCAGAGAAGCUGGACUCUAAAGUUUAACUUGGAGUUUUAGAACGAAAACAAGAAGAGUUGUUUGUGUUUAUCAGUUUGUUUUCUCUGAUGGGAGAAACAACCGUGCUGUGGGUGUAAAGUUUCAGUGUAUUUCUUCAGAUAUUUGUUUUACUUUUACUCUUUUCUCUGUUGAACCAACAGGAAGUUUGUUCCUAAGAUAUGAAAGUCGCUCUUCUUUCUGUUUAACACUUUAUUUGUAGUUUUUCUUUAUUUUAUAUUAAAAACAAAGAAAAACGUUUGUUCGGACGGUGGUUACUGACUUUGUUCUUCUAACGGCCUCUGGGAUCAAAGUUUAACUUCAAACAAAUGAAAAAUAAAAUACUUUGCAUGAA